GCCGGGUGGCGGUGGCGGGGGCGGCGGGCAGGUGCUGCCCGGCGGGCACGGCUCGGCUCGGCUCGGCUCGGCUCGGCUCGGCUCGGCAGCGCACCAUGACCGUCACACGGCUGGACCAGGGGCAGCGCUACCGGCCGCGGAUGGCCUUCCUGAAAAAGAUCGAAGCGCUUAUGAUGGAGAUGCAGAAUCCAGACACGGGCAUCAAGAUGCAGACGCAGAGGGUGAUGAUCACCAACAUCCCCCAUGCCGUGGCAGGUAACGAUAUACUGCAGUGGAUUCUCCAGCGUUUGCAGAUCACUGAUGAAGAGGCACUACACCUGGGGGACCUGUUUGUCAAAUAUGGGUACAUCUACCCUCUUCAGGAGCCGAAGAAUCUCACCCUGAAGACAGACGGUAGUCUGUACAGGUUUCAGACACCGUAUUUCUGGCCCACGCAGAGCUGGCCUGCUGAUGACACAGACUACGCAAUUUACCUAGCAAAGAAGAACAUUAAGAGGAAGGGGAUUUUAGAAGAAUAUGAAAAGGAACAUUACAACAUGCUCAAUAAAAAAAUAAACUACAAGUGGGAUUUCGUUAUUAUGCAAGCCAAAGAGCAGUAUAAGGCAGGGAAGGAGCGGAAGAAGGCGGACAGGUACGCCCUGGAUUGCCAGGAGAGAGCCUACUGGCUUGUGAACCGGACUCCCCCCGGCGUGCUUGACGUCCUGGAGUAUGGAUUAGACCGCGCGACAGAUCCCAAUGAAAAUAAGAAAAAAACAAUGGAUGUUUAUAGGAGAGAGAUCAUGUACUAUCAGCAGGCCAUCAUGAAGUCCAGAGUGAAAUCUUCUGUCUCCCUUGGAGGGCUUGUGAAGUACUCUGAGCAGUUCCUCUCCAAUGAUCCUAUCCUGUCGGGAUGUCUCCCCAGCAACCCCUGGGUAACAGACGACCCUGAGUUCUGGGAUCUCAAUGCAAAGCUAGUGGAAGUCCCCACCAGAAUGCGUGUGGAGCGAUGGGCCUUCAACUUCAGUGAGCUGAUACGAGACCCCAAAGGUCGGCAGAACUUCCAGCUCUUCCUGAAGAAGGAGUUCAGCGGAGAGAAUCUGAGUUUCUGGGAAGCCUGUGAGGAUCUCAAGUAUGGAGACCAAUCCAAGGUCAAAGAAAAAGCAGAAGAAAUUUACAAGCUCUUCCUGGCUCCAGGAGCAAGACGCUGGAUUAACAUCGAUGGCACAACAAUGGGCAUCACUGUCAAAGGCCUCAAGCACCCUCAUCGCUAUGUGCUAGAUGCUGCUCAGACCCACAUUUACAUGUUGAUGAAAAAGGACUCCUAUGGCCGCUAUUUAAAGUCUCCAAUAUACAAGGAAAUGCUGGCCAAGGCUGUUGUGCCUCAAGAGACUGUCAAAAAAAGCUCCAAUUUCCCGUUCGGCCGCCGUCAGCUCCGUUCCAGCCCCAGCCCCGUCAUCCUGAGGCAGCAAGAGGAAGAGGCCAAAGCCAAAGAAGCUGCCACCACUGUGGACAUCACGCAGGUCAUGAGCAAGCUGGAUCGGAGGAGCCAGCUCAAGCAGGAACCUCCCAAGUAGGCUCUGAGCCCUGCAGGGCACAGCGCAGGGAAAAGACAAGCUGAGGCUGGUGUUGAGCUUCGUCUCCCCUUCCUGAAGGUGUCAGUGCUGCUUUAGGUUUCCCAGGCCGGCUCUGCCAGCGGCCUGCUUCCUGCACGUUGCCAUGGCUUCUGCAGCAGCAGAUGUCACUUCCCAGGCACGGCAGGCAUGGGAAUGCUGCCGGAGCCAGGCCGCUGGCUGUGCCAGACUCGUGGCACAGGGCCAGAACCCCUUUGUGCACACCAUGGAGGUACAAUGCCUUCUGGCUGCCCCAAGACCCCAGGAGGCUGGGCAGCCCAGGCACCUCUCCCUGCCUCCUACUCCUCCAGGAGCUGGGAUGGCACAGGGUAGAGUGGAGUUGUGCUGUCCCAGUCCUUUGGGUUCAAAUCUGCCUUCCCUGGAGCAGCAGUGGAGGACCCUGCAGGGAGCAGGACGAAGCAGUCAGCCUCAGAGCAUGUCCAUGCUGGCAUCCAUCCUCUCAGUAGGACGUGCACCCUCCCAGGGGAUGCAUAGUGGGCACCCUCCUGAGAGGAGUGGUCACAUAAAUUCUCCAUCUGCUGUAAGGCACCCGAAGUAUCCUGCACCUCCAAGUCACUGCAGAGGAGUCAAAGAGAGAAGAGUGGGCUAGACUUCUUGUGAGAAUAGCAUGAUGACCAUUUCUGAAGGUUUGGGUGACUCUUUAAAUUUUAAUGACAUCCCAAGUCCCCCUGGCUCGUUGGAGAUGAUCAGUAGAAAGCUCUGCUCUCCCUGUUCCUCCCCCACACAACGAGCUAGGUGUGCAGGCUUAGAGCCAUCCCUCUCAGGAGCCUGCUGGAGAGAUACAGCCACAGCUUUGUGUUUCUUUUAUCAAAUCCCUUCUGCCUCUUCUGUUGUCUUUUUCCUGCUAUUCUAUUUUCUGCUGUUAGAAAAACUAACAGGAGGUAGUUCUAGUUGUCACUGGUCUGUAGCCUAGAGGCAAGGAAAAAACAGGGCAGAGGUGUUAAGAGCUGACUUCAACUUUAAGUAGUGUUUUUUCAUUUGUUCUUUUGCUCUUUAGAAUAAGGAAACCUAAAUAACUAUGUUAGCACUAGAGAGCUUCGGGAGAUUCCAUGCUUUGCUGGGAACCCCCUGCCUGUCUGGACCAGGCUGAUGAUUACCAGAAGUGGAAGAUUCCUGCAAAGCCCAGUAAAGAGAAUCGCAGGGGGGAGCAGAAAAACUUCCUUGUUUGUUAGAAUUUAGGGGAAGUGGAGGGACUGGGUGGGAAGCAUUGGAAUACAGGAAACUUCUUAACUCCUACUUGCAUUAUUCAUCCGUUUUUAUUACUGGAAUGAAUUUAUAGGAAAAUGGAGAUAGAGAAAACUGGAUGUGAGUGGGAACCCUGAGGUAUUAGGGUGUAUGGAGACCAGCCUCUCCCUGACGGGGAGACAGCCAGGCCAUAGGCCCAGACAGUUUCAAACAGCAAUUCUUGCCCUCCCUGUAUGUGUUAUCAGAGGCAGAAUCAGGGCUACGUGGUCUGAUCUGGUGUCACUUCAGAACCAGUCGUCUUCAUUCUGCAGCUGAGCUAUGGAGAUCUUAGUGACCUCUGUUAACCUAACGGUGAUAAACGGUAUAGAGGAAUUGAAAUCAAGUUACACGAGUAUUCAGCUCUGGUGUCAAGGUCUGCUUGCUGAGUCCCUACUCGCAUUCCCGAGGGAAGCAAUAGCAAAUUCUGCAAUGCCAUAAGGGGGAGCAAGCUCAGCCUGUAAAUGCUUUAAACCACAGAGCUUCUGUAUGUGAAGUACUGUACCAUCAACUCACCUUAACAUAAAAGCACUGAAGGGUGCUCAAGAGCUUGGCAGGGCUGGUCUGCAGCUGCUUGGCUGUGAUGAGCUGUACAGUCCCUUCAGAGUUUGUGUAACGUGGGACACUGAGCGUGUCGGGAUUGCCAGUAGUAGUAACACGUGGAAGAUCAAGUCAGGGUAUAAAUAAUAAAUAACAAAUCUGUGUGUUCCAGUCAGUCCCUGUGAUUCUACUUCUGUUUUGUCUGUAUCUUUGCUUUUUAUGUUAUCUCUAUCCAUUCCUUUCUCUGAUUUUCUCAUCAGCUCAGCUUUGCAUUGCUGUCCCACUGCCAUGGGUUAAUGCUGCCUGCUCUAGAGUCACCGUGCUUGUGAAACACCAGUCCCCCCCUUGCAGGCAGAAGCUGGCUCUGUUCUGCUUACAGGCUGAAUAAGCUGGUAUAACCCAGCGUACCACUCCUUGGUCCCUUGCUGCUCAGUCCCUGAAGAGGAAGGUUGCAUGGUACAAAGUGUGACCAUGGUACAAAUUGAACUUUGUUUUGUGUUAGCCAAGAAAUUGUUUGUUUCCAUUGGAAAUCAGAGCAGUAUGUUGUUUGUUUCUUGGCCAUCACUUCUGUGCAUUCAUCUGUCUAAUAAAAAUAAAUAGAAAAUGAAGAAAGAACUCAGUUCGUCCUUCUCUGUCUUGUCUCAGCAUGUUCAUCCCUCACUGUGUCAUCUCUUUGCCAUGCAUGCAUGCAUUUUCUGCAUGUGCCUCUGCUCUCAGCACUUCUCUUUGGACACUUGAGCUGCGUUUCAUUUCUGCUGGUGGUGAUGCUCUGGAAAGUGGGUGAGGGUCCUGGGCAUGCACCACAUGCUCUGUGGACAAAUCUGUCCUCCAGCUCAUCCUGAGGGCUUUGUUAGCUGAGCCUGAGCCUUCACAGCACCAGCUAGAGACACUGGGGCCUUCAGCACAAGAUGUAAUGUCUUGUAUUAUCAGUCAUCAGGGGUUUGAGCUCAUUGUCUUAUUUCUUGGGCACCACGGCAGCUGGCACAGUGGUGCUUCAGGUUAAACGUGGUUGUACCACUCACAGCCAUGCUCACACACUCAGAAUAGCAGACUCCACGCGUGGACAAGCUGGUGUCUCCUACAGCACCCCGUCUGCUGUGGGGCCUGAUCCAUCAGCACCCACCGAGGCCGGUAGCAGCAAUCCUGGUGUUUUCCGUGAGAAAAUCAUGACUCCUCUGCUCCCCUGGGGGCAGGCUGGGGGUGCAAGACAGGGGGCCGGUGAUGGAGCCCUGUCCCCAUGCCUGAGGACACCAGCCACCAGUGUGCUGCCCUGACCGAGCCUCUCCUUUUCCUCCCCGCAGCUGUGCCGCCUCACCUCCCCGGCCCCUCGCCUGCCCAUCUACGCUGGCCCCAGCAGCCUGCCCCCCGCGUCCCCCGGCCCCACAGCCCUGCCCCACAGCACCGCCUGCCCCUCGCCCAUCAGCGUGGCCCUGGACAGCACGGCAGGCACCGAGAGGGAGCAGGAGCCCGGCGGGGCCAGCCCCAGCCCCUUCCCCUCCACCGCCGGCAAGGUGGGAGCUGCGGCGCCUCCCAAGCCCCGUGUGGCCGCCCUUUCCCUCAGACGGUUCCUGAAGAGGGGCUGCCUGAACUCGCCCGUCUUCGCGGCGCUCUCGCCGAGGUGCCCGGCCGUGCCCCACGGGAAGGUGCAGCCGCUGGGCGAGCGGGAGCAGCGGCUCCGGCAGGACGCCAAGGCGGUGAGCAGGUAAGUGCCAUGCCUGGGUGCCCUCCCAAAGGGCUCACCUCAGGGACCGUUUGGUUUUGUGGUUAUCCCAGGGCUAAAUAUUAUCAGCAGAGCCCACAAAGCAGGCUUUUUGCCUCAUAUUCCAGUCAGCUGUCACCAUCUUCCCCCGUGCCUCCUCGCUGAGGGCUUCCCUUGCCUGUCAUGGCGAGCGGGCAGCAGCUCUGCUCCUCACAGGCUUCGGGGCACAAAAUGGAGGAGCCGCCAUCUUCCUGCUUGUCCUGGGCACCAGCAGCUGUGAAGCUGCUGUGUACGGCAUGGCCAAGCUGUUGUUUGCAUUAGCAGAAAUUUGUCUGAUUCAGGUAUUUCUUCCGUGCAGUCUCACUAUCUCCACAACGUGCCCUUAAGGUCCUCAGACCAACGGCAGCUGGUUGCUGGCGCAUUUUGUUAGCACUGUGAGGAUGCCCGAUGCCCUGAGCUGGGCUUACAGAAGGGUUUCUUACAACUCAAAUCACAACUGGUGUUUGCUCUGCCUGUCCUGAAUCACAGAAAGCCUUUCAAAACUGGCUUGUUGUGUUGGCUUCUUGUGUUUGUUUUCUGCGUGGAGCAUUUCCUCUGCUGAUAAACAAGCAGGAGGCGGUCCUGGUUGUUCCUUUCUGCUGUACUCAGGCCUCCUGUUAAUGGUGUAAAGUUUCCAGGUUUUACUUUAGGUGCCUGAAUUCUGAAACUCACUUGUAUGUUUGUGUUUAUUCUCAAGCUCUUGUUCAGGUAUGGUUUAAUGGUCAGAGGAGACACAGAAGUAACAAGAGAGAGAAAUCUUGAGAGAGAACCUCAAAACAUUUGUUGUUUGGGAACAGGAUACUGUAAGAAUGGGGAUUUUUACCUAGAGAAUCUGCCACUUUCGAGACCAAACCCUGGCCUUGUCCCUUGCUGAAAUUAAUGUCUACUCAGCCACUAUUAAUCCACCUACACUGCUGACCGAGUGGAUGAGUCCAUAUUAUAAAUUCAGAAGCACAAAUCUGAGGGCUCUUUAUCCACCUGGCUGUGCACUCCAGCACACAGCAGUUUUGCUUCAAAGCUGGUGGAGUGCAUUUUUUUUUUCUAUUUUCCAUCUAUGUGGGCUUGUGCCCAGGAGUUUUGCUUUGGGAUUUGGGGUUUGAACAAUAAAACACUCAAAGCCAGACUCCGUGCUGCACGCUUGCUGUUUCAGAGAGCACAUCAAAAAGCGCCCUGUGCAUGAUGAGUUUUUAUUUCACAACACAGCUUCUUCCAAAUAAAAAUGGACAUUGCUUUGGAGAGCCGAAUCUACCCUGUGGACUCUGUGGAGGAAGAGCACAAGUGCCACCAGGUUUGUAAGGAAUCUGCAAAGGAGGUGAUCUGCCCCUGGGAGAGCCCCACAGAAGAGGGCAGAGCUGGGUAACCAGCAGCGCCUGAAGCAGCCAAGAUGUGACCCCCUAACGAACAGACGCUUGCUGAGACACUGGGGUUUGCCACGUAUGGUUCAGUACAUGGGCCAUGCUGUUAAAGAAGUGCAUUAGAGCCAUCCUUCAGCAUCAAGGCAGCUCAGACUACGACAUCUAUGAAUAAUGAACUCUGAUAUACCCAUCUGUUUGUAAUUCAAGAAUUUGAAGCAUUUCUGGACUGAUUUUCCUAUCUUUAGUAUAUUCAGAUCCAUUCAUUAUAGACUUCUUGAUAAAUGAACCUCAUUUCUUGCCUUAUAGCAGAUGGAAAAUUUAUGUACAUAUAUCCUGGGAAAUGGUGUCUUAUCUGAGUUACUUGCUUGGCCAUGAGGUGUCAGCACACUGUACACAACACAGCUGGAGCAGAGCUUGCAGGCAUUUUUCAGAGCAGGACUAAGACUUCAAGCACUGCCAAGAUCAGACGUGUUUUUGUCCCAGCUUGGGUCCACCUCUUAUUAUUAAUAAGAAUUCUUAAUUUUAAAUCAAAUUCAUUAAGAAACAGCUGAUAGCUGGGGAAAAAAAAUCAAACCUUUCCUGAGCACGUCUGUAUCAGCUCCACUUUCCCUUUUGUGGCUUCUCAGUGCCAGGAUGGGUCUUGAAACUGUGAAUUGGACUGCACCCCUGCAACACCCAGGAAGGUCAGAAAUGAGUCUGUGUUGGCAUUUUAAGGCUCUCCAAACUUAGAUUGAUGCAUUGCCUGAUGCACAAUUUUUAACUGUGUUAUUAUCAAGAGUCUUAGAGCAUCACUUUCCUUAUGUCACACCAGAGUUUCAAGAUCUUUUUUUUUUUUGUUCAAGUGUAGAGGGGUUUCCUAGAUGUGUAUGAUGUGGGCCAUUAUUCUGCAAGUUGACCACGUGGCCUGUGACUUUUGAUGUUGCUAUUUUGUACUUUUUAAGUGUAAAUGAAGUUCUGCUUGUGUGGCUGA